AUGAGUCCAGAGCUGCUUCGUGGCGCUAACUACCACGUGAAACAGGAAGGCCCAAUGCCAGAGAUAUCGCCAAAAAGUGAUCUCUACGCUGUUGGAUUGAUUCUUUGGGAGAUCGUGGAAAGAGAAAAAGUAUUCCGAGAGUAUACAACCGACUAUGAAUUUUUCAUGGCAAUGUAUCUGGAAGUGGUAAAACUCGGGCUACCAAGCUGUGACGUGGAAUUGCGGGAUAUUAUUAUGAGUUGCGCUGAGUUCGAUGCACAGAAGCGACCGUCUAUUCAGGAUCUCUAUUCAAGGGUUGUUCAGCUUAACGAGAGGUAUCACGGUGGUGACAUUGAUCCUGAAAUCAGAAAAGACGAGACGAAGCUUUUGAGGCCGUUUGGGGGAAAAGGUGACUAUCCACCUGACUCUAGAGAACCAAGAGAUUCGGGCAAUUCGACGGAUUCGGAGAAAACUGUGACUCCUAACAAAUUUCUAAAAAUAACUCCAUACAAACGAAUCGAUACACCGAUUCCUGGGCGGGUGAAUGUUGCCGGUCAACAUCAAGUGCUCAAAAUUGUGAAAGAGAUCGAAAAUAAGAUACAUAAGCCAGUUGUGGUCAAUUCGGUGGUCACCUGGGACAAGUACAUCAAUCAUUUGACCAACUCGUGCAAUUACAUUCAACGAGCCGCUAUUCUUGGUUACCCCUCUGGAGAAGUGUGGGCGCGAACUAGGGAAGAGAAUCUCUUCAAGGCGACCAAGGCAGAAUUGAAAGCAUUGCUCUCGGGAUUCAGCGAUUCAGCCGAAUUGACUACGCGCGGAGUUGAUUUAGAGAAAGUUCACUACCUUGUAAUCCGUGCCAACAAUGAAAUGAUUUUCGGGAGAACUCGAUUCAGCGGCUUCUUAUUAUUAAAGACACGGACGGUGGCGUUGGUGGCUGUCUACGAGGCAAGAGACUGGAGAGAUACAGACAUUUUGGUGUAUGGCGUCCUCGAGCGGCUGACUCGCCACCUCGAUACUGCUGGAUAU